GGGCUCGCUUUCCGCGUCGCAAACCGAGCUUGCGCCGACAGAGGUCGACGGCGCCCCACUAAAAGCGGCUUCCAGUGGGAAACGGGCAAGAACUGCGCUCGGCAAAGCCUGGAGGUCGGUCGGUCGGGCAAAGAGAAAAGGCUGGAGCGCGUCUGUAUGGCCGUUGUUGCGGGAUUUGCUCCAAAGCCACGAACUUCUCCAACAUUUUCUUCCUCACUUCUUCCGACCCAUCCCCUUCCCUUCUCCCCUCGUGUGCCCGUGACGACGACCUACGACGACGCCGCCGACGACGACGACUGAGACUUGCCCUGCUCUGAACUGGACCGGCCUCGCACCUGAUCCCGACGUCACCCGCUCUUCCUCUGCCACAAGUUCAUUUCGAUUAGCCCAAGAUGCUGUCGCGUGGAUCUCUUCGCACGGCGCAGGCCCUCCGCUGCGCUGCUGUCCAGCAGCCCCUCGCCGCUCGCGGCUUCGCGACGGUCCAGUCCGACAUCUUCAAGCCCUCCCAGUUUGGCGGCAAGUACACCGUGUCCCUGAUCCCCGGUGACGGUAUCGGUACCGAGAUCACCGAGUCCGUCAAGACCAUCUUCAAGGCCGACAACGUCCCCAUUGAGUGGGAGCAGGUCGCCGUCUCCGACUUUGGCAACGUCGCCCAGGCCGAGGCUGCCUUCCGCGAGAGCGUCGCCUCGCUCAAGCGCAACAAGCUGGGUCUCAAGGGUAUCUUCCACACCCCCAUUGACAGGUCGGGUCACCAGAGCUUCAACGUCGCCCUGCGUCAGGAGCUCGACAUCUACGCCAGCGUCAGCUUGAUCAAGAACAUUCCCGGCUACGAGACCCGCCACAAGGACGUCGACCUGUGCAUCAUCCGUGAGAACACCGAGGGUGAGUACUCCGGCCUCGAGCACCAGAGCGUUGAGGGUGUCGUCGAGUCGCUCAAGAUCAUCACCCGCGCCAAGUCGGAGCGCAUCGCCAAGUUCGCCUUUGCCUUUGCCCUCGCCAAUGGCCGCUCCAAGGUCACCUGCAUCCACAAGGCCAACAUCAUGAAGCUGGCUGACGGUCUGUUCCGCUCCACCUUCCACGCCACGGCCAAGGAGUACCCUACCCUCGAGGUCAACGACAUGAUUGUCGACAACGCCUCCAUGCAGGCUGUCUCGCGCCCCCAGCAGUUCGACGUCAUGGUCAUGCCCAACUUGUACGGAGGUAUCCUCUCCAACAUUGGUGCUGCGCUGGUCGGUGGCCCUGGUAUCGUGCCCGGAUGCAACAUGGGUCGCGAGGUGGCCGUCUUCGAGCCCGGCUGCCGUCACGUCGGUCUCGACAUCAAGGGCAAGGACCAGGCCAACCCCACUGCCAUGCUCCUGUCCGGCACCAUGCUCCUGCGCCACCUCGGUCUCGACGACCACGCCAACCGCAUCUCCAAGGCCGUCUACGCCGUCAUUGCGGAGGGCAAGUACCGCACCCGUGACAUGGGCGGCGAGUCGACCACCCACGAGUUCACCCGCGCCAUCCUCGACAAGAUGGAGACUUCUCUCUAAGCGAGCAAUCUCCUCUUGCUUUUACUGAAUAAAUUAUAUCCCGUACCCACCAAUACCACAAUCCGACACACCCCACCGAGCUUUCAAGUCGCAGAGGAGGACCAAUACAAGGAGGACGAUACCAGGAGAACCGGGGCCGAGAGAAGCUUCGUGUUCGCUGGAAGGAAGGAUCUGCUUGGAUAC